AACUAUGGAGUUUCUGGGCGUCAUUUGAAACUAAGCCAUAAGAAGCCUUGCAGUUUAGGCCCAGGCUUCUUGGAACACUCUAAUAGCUCUGAGCUGCCUUGUAAGAAGUCUUACUACCCUGAGAUUGCCAUGCUGGAGAGGUAUCAUGUUGGCAUUCUGGCUGACAGGCCAGCUGAUCCCAGCAUUCCAGUCAUCCUCAUCACGGAGUCAGAUAUCUGAAUGGAGCUCUCCAGAACAACCCAUCUAUCUGCCUGCUGAAUACCACAAAGUGACCCUCGUCAGUGCCACGUGGGACAGGAGAAUCACCCAGUUGAGCCCUGCCCAAAUUUCUCUCCAUAAAAUGGUGACGGUACUGACAACAAUGCUAUCGGGCCGGUGGUGGCCAAGUCCCUGGGGGAGCCUAAGGCUGGGGCCCCGAAGCCCUUCUCAGGGAUCCCAGCUCUGUGCCCUCUAUGCCUUCACUUACACUGGGGCAGAUGGCCGGCAAGUGUCUCUUGCUGAAGGAGAGAGAUUCCUACUGCUUCGAAAGACCAACUCAGAUUGGUGGUUGGCAAGGCGCCUGGGAGCACCCUCCACCUCUCGGCCCAUCUUCGUCCCAGCUGCCUACAUGACAGAGGAAUCCAGCCCUUCCCAGAGCCCUACCACUGGCACCCCCAGCCGAUCCCUCUGGACUCCUGGGCCAAAGCUAUUUUCUGGCUCCUUGGAGGAGCUGCACCUGUGUCAGGAACCCCCAGACAGAGCCCAGUUGACAUCUGAACAUCCUCCUCCUCUUCCCCCCAAAAUGUGUAGAAGUGUCAGUGUUACCAACUUGAAGGGCACCCUUCAAAAGCCCUUCCAGGAACAACCAAGUGGGAGAUCCUUUUCCCAGGAAGACUUGCUGACGGAAGCCAAUGACAAGGCAAGACCCCAGCCCCUCAUGUCAGAGCCCCCUGUGUACUGCAAUCUGGUGGACCUCCGCCGCUGCCCCCGCUCUCCGCCCCCAAACCCUGCAUGCCCGCCGCUGCAGAGGCUGGACUCCUGGGAGCAGCACUUGGACCACAGCUCCGGACGCUGCUUCUACAUAAAUUCGCUGACUGGCUGCAAAUCUUGGAAGCCCCCACGCCACACCCGCACCCGAGAGAUGAACCCUGGCUCCAUGGAGAGGACCCAGACCCUGAAUAGGGACAACGGUGUCCUGCAGCCUCAGGCAAAGGGCUCAGAAUCUGGCCCAGGGACCCCAGAACUUUUCGACUCCCAGGCUUCACCCUGCCUCCGCAGAUGCACCUCCCAGCUUGACCCCUCAGACCAGCCUUCGGCUUUGCAGUUUGCUCGGCCUCUGCCCCAGGUCCUGGAUGACCCUCACGAGGUGGAAAAGUCAGGCCUGCUCAAUAUGACCAAGAUUGCCCAGGGCGGUCGCAAGCUCAGGAAGAACUGGGCCCCAUCUUGGGUAGUAUUAGCGGGUAACAGCCUGGUGUUCUACCGAGAGCCACCGCCGACCGCCCCCUCCACCCUCUGGGGCCCAGCCGGGAGCCGACCAGAAAGCAGCGUGGACCUUCGCGGAGCAGCCCUGGCCCAUGGCCGCCACCUGUCCAGCCGCCGCAACGUCCUGCACAUCCGCACGGUCCCUGGACACGAGUUCCUGCUGCAGUCAGACCAGGAGACCGAGUUGCGAGCCUGGCACCGCGCGCUGCGGGAGGUCAUUGAGCGCCUGGAUCGAGAGAAUCCCCUGGAGCUACGUCUGUCAGGCUCUGGACCAGCGGAGCUGGGGGAGCUGAGUGCCGGGGAGGAGGAAGAAGAGGAGUCAGAGCCGGUGUCCAAGCCCCUGCUGCGGCUGGGCGGCAGCCGUCGGAACUCCAGUCGGUGUCCUGAGGGAGCCGAGCAGAGCCGUGUGCGGAACAAACUAAAACGGCUUAUCGCAAAGAGACCGCCCUUGCAAACCCUGCAGGAGCGGGGUCUGCUCCGAGAUCAGGUGUUUGGCUGCCAGUUGGAAUCUCUAUGCCAGCGGGAAGGAGACACUGUGCCCAGCUUUGUGCGGCUCUGCAUUGCUGCAGUGGAUAAAAGAGGUCUAGACGUGGAUGGCAUUUACCGCGUGAGUGGGAACUUGGCAGUGGUCCAGAAGCUUCGUUUCUUGGUGGACAGAGAGCGGGCGAUCACCUCUGAUGGGAGGUACAUGUUCCCAGAACAGCAAGGACAAGAAGGCCGAUUAGACUUGGACAGUGCGGAGUGGGAUGACAUUCAUGUGAUCACUGGAGCCUUGAAGCUUUUCCUCAGGGAGCUGCCCCAGCCUCUGGUGCCCCCACUGCUGCUGCCCCAUUUUCGUGCUGCCCUUGCACUCGCUGAAUCAGAACAGCGUCUCUCUCAAAUACAGGAAUUAAUAAGCUCAAUGCCAAAGCCCAACCAUGACACUCUACGGUAUCUGCUGGAGCAUUUAUGCAGGGUGAUAGCACACUCAGAUAAGAACCGCAUGACCCCCCACAACCUGGGAAUUGUGUUUGGACCAACCCUAUUUCGGCCGGAGCAGGAGACGUCUGACCCAGCGGCCCAUGCCCUCUACCCUGGGCAGUUAGUCCAGCUGAUGCUCACCGACUUCACCCGCCUCUUCCCCUGAUGGGGGCAAGGAAGAAAAGAAAGUGCGUUUCCAGUGAUCUCUGUGGGAUAGCCUUUGGUGGGGGUGAGGGUGGAGGGUGUUCUGUUUCUAGGACAUACCUUUAAAUCCUGUCUCUCCGAUGACUGUCUCCAUCUUUGUGAGUUGGACCCAAAGGGUUGGGAUAGGGUGAGGAAGCACCACUAAAGAGGGAAGUGGAUGGAUUAACACUUGCUUCUCUAGGUCCCUGUCCUUAGCCCUCUCCCAGGAUAAUAACAUAUGAAGCAGGG